AAGUAAAUAUACCGUGUGUCUUAAAUAGCUUAUGCCCCUAUUGCUAACGCAAAACAUAUAAAAGAUAGAUUAAACUUUCUUAUUCUAAACCCUUUUACAGUGCAAAAUCUUUAACUGUUUAUGAAUUAGGAGUGUGUGCAUCAUAUUUCGUACCUGGGCAACAGCUGUUGACUUCAUUACGGAGGUAACACUUUUAUAAGUUUUUUCUUGUUUUGAUAUAGGAAUAAUCGACGUCAGGAAUGUUUUCCUUAUUAAGUAAAAAAACAUUUUGAUAUCAGCUUAAUAAAUUAACCGUAAAUAAGAAAGAGAUCUCUUAAUCCAAGCUCAACCUUUGCAAGAGUACCUGGUUCACCAAUGUAAUUUUUUACAUUUUCGUAAGAAGUCUAAAUAUCCAGCAAAAUUGUUAUACUUUUAAGCGAUGUUAAAAUUAAAGAUAGGUAAUUUAAUCGUGAGAAAUCUUAAGCUAAAGUUCAAUUUCUUUUAAUCAAUCUUAUUUGAUUUCGUCUCAAGAAAAGUAACCAAAUUUGUCGGAAAUAGUCAGAGAAAAAAAUACAGCAUCUUGAAUAAUAGAAGAGCUCUCAAAAAAAUCCGAUAAUCUCAUUCUCUCCGUGUGUUUCCUUGAUCUAUAAAUGAUGCCUUCACGUAUAAACCUCAGAUUAAAUGAAUAAUUUUGAUUAUUUUUUAUUUUAAUUUAGUUUUGUUGUAAAAAAAAAUAGAAAUUUUGUGGACAAAAUAACUAUUUAAAAUAUAAAAAAAAAACAUACAAGGAACACAAUACAUAAUGCACAUAAAAACAUAAUAUAUAAAUAAAUACUAUAAAUCCUUGUACAAUAAAACACAAAAUAUAAUUAUGGCACAUAACUCGUAGUACAAAAAGGAAAAAUUUAAAUAAAAGAAUAUUAUUAUUUAUAACGUUUAAUAACAACAAGUGGUUUACUACAUAUAACGCUCUCUCUAGCAAGUAUGAUUUCAAAGCUUUCCGAAAUGUGGCAAAACAUGAUGUAACUUAUUCUGCUACUUACUAAACUUACCAAACUCUGAUCAUGGAGUUGGUAGAUAUGAGAAGAACGAAUCAUGCUUUCCGUUUCUAAGUGGGCAAUUGCCAAUUAAGCAAACGGCUUGGAAUAUGAAUAAAGAAGAAAAGGUGAAUAUUUUAUAUUUUUUAAAGAUUUCUUGACUGGGAGUCCUACUGUUAAGUCUCAGCGAAUAACGGACAGCUCUCUUUUGCAAUUUAAAAAUUUAAUUUUGAAUCGUACCAAGAUUUAAUGGUGACUAGGUGGUUUAAUACGGUCCCUUGGUGACUAUACUAAAAAGGGAAGAAAAUUUUAGUGUAAACUAGGUGUAAUUAAUAAGUGCUCGUAAGACUUAUUAUUUCUGUUUCUUCCUUACAGAAGAUCUAAUGACGCUUAGUGCAGGCAAAACACGUGCCAUCUUUUGACUUUGUAUUCAAUAUAAUAUGUACGUAAGACCUGUGACUUAGAGUUUGAUUUAUUAGUGUUUAAUUGGGCCGGUCGCUUUGAGAAAAAAAUGGACUAUUUCUUCGACUAGUUACAAAUAGCUAAAUUUAUAAAAAAACAACGUUUUUUGAUAAGGUCAGCAAGUGGUUAAAAUAAAUGACUUAACUUUGAAAACAGCCCGUAUAUGAGAACAAUGUCAUCUACAGGCUAUUGAAAAAAAUCGUUUAAAUAAUACCUUGCAUCCGUAUUGAGGAUAUUUUUAUUCACUUUAAGAAUUAUAUCAAAAAGGCAACUAAAUAGAGUAUCUGAACAAAUAAAAUUUGUCUCUUAUCGAGUAUACUAUGAAAACAUCACUCUUUAACAGUUUAGUAGACCAUUUGUUAAUUAUUUUUACAUUUAUUUUUAUUUAUUCUAAUAGCUGUCACUUUUUUCUGAAGUGUGGCAAAUGAUAGAAUUAACCACAAUAUUGAUACCAAAUAUAAAGCCAACUGAAACCCAAUUUAAUCAUGUCACUACUCCCAACGUUCAAAAGGACCAACGAUCUGAAUUAAAAAUGCUCAUUUAACGUCGUCUGAGCAGCAUUAUUGCAUUAAUAUGUUUAGAUGAUAACAAAAGUCAUUCUAAAAUGUCAUAUACCUUCUAUAAUGACCAAAGUUGAUCGUAUCAAAAUAUUUAAUCUUAAGCUGCAAAGUUAGAGAGUUUUAUCCGCUAUUAGAACCAACUAAAUCUAUGGCUAGUUGAAUUCGAUUAGAUAUUGCAAACUCGCUGUAUAUAUGUGCUUUAACUUGAUUAUUAAAGUUUUAUAAUAUAGUAUAUUGUAAACCUAAUUAAGUGAAAAUUAACAUAAAAAAUGGAACAAAUAGCAAGUUUUUUAUUUGUUUUAAAGCUUCUGGUGAAGAAAUAUUUAAUUUUAAGUGUUACAGGUCCAAAUAUGUUGCAGGUUUUUCGUCCAAGGAGUUUGUUGAUAAUUUACUUACCAAAGGGUCAUAUUUGUCCUGUGAUGAAACAUCUGACUCGUUAACUCAAGAGGAGCCUCCCUCUUAAAAUGAAGAAAUGUACAAGAGGUAUGAGCCAACCGCCAGCUGCUUGUACCGAUAAAAUUAAGGCAAAAGAACCCUGGAAUUUUUCCUGGAUCAUCCCAACUUACUUAGCAGCGACUAGUUGCCCGUCAACACUGGAAGAACUGAAAUUUAUAAAGGAACAAGGUAUAUCUCAUUUGGUAACACUAUCUCCAGAAUACCACCCUCCAACGAAAAACUAUCCGGGAAUAAAAUGGACCUAUAUUCCUAUAAAUGAGUUUGAGGCACCCAGCUUAGAGGAUAUAAAGAAGUUUAUUCAUAUUUCUGACGAAUAUAGAAGCAAAAAAGAGGCAAUUGCAAUCCACUGUAGAGCGGGUAGGGGUCGAACAGGUACCAUGGCCGCCUGUUACUUAGUCCACUUUUACAAUUUAGCACCCGAAACUUCUAUUUCGAAGAUAAGACUGAUGAGACCAGGAUCGGUCGAAACCUACUCCCAGGAAAAAGCUGUGGCUACUUAUAGGGAUUAUUUAAGGAGUAUAUAAGGAAGAUAAUAAAAUACUAGGAAAAAAUAA